AUGCAAGAAAGUCAACUUUUAUCACCUAGGCAACCUCAACUAGAUGAACGAGACGACGAGAGAUGGUCCUCCAUUCAGCUCGCCGCUGCGCAAGGGAAUUUAUGCCAAGUACAACGGCUCUUAUCCCAGUCAGUGGAUCCCAAUGAGCCCCCUAAAGGCUACUAUGGGCAGACAGCCCUUCAAGCUGCCUCCCAUAAUGGACAUCUCGCCGUGGUUGAGAUGCUAUUAGUGGCAGGGGCAGACGUGAACGCUCCCGGUGGAAACAACGGUGGCAGAUCAGCAGUAGUACUAGCCUCUGGAGCAGGCUAUCUGGAUAUCGUCAGCCACUUAGUGUCUAUGGGAGCAGAUAUCAACUGCCCACCCCAUCAGUAUAUGGGCCGAACUGCCCUACAGGCCGCCGCCGAGGGUGGCCAUAUCGAGCUCCUAGAAUGGCUGCUUCAGCAAGGCGCAGAAAUUAAUGCCCCUACAGCUAAGAAUGCAGGUCGCACUGCACUGCAAGCUGCUGCAUUAGAAGGCCACGCCGAUAUCGUGGAAAUUCUCCUACACCACAAGGCCUACGUGAACACGCCGGCCGUAAGGUAUAAAGGCUUUACGGCCCUUCAAGGCGCGGCUUUUGGCGGCCACCGCGAGAUUGUCCGUCGGCUCUUAGAUAUAGGGGCCGAUGUGAAUGCCGAAGGCUCAUAUUAUAACGGAUAUACGGCGCUUUCCGCAGCGGCAGAAUCCGGCCAUCAUGAGAUUGUCCAGAUUUUGCUCAACGCGGGCGCAGAUGUAUCCCUCAAAUCAGGAAAUAAGAAGUGGACGGCGGCACAGAUUGCGGCCUUCCGGGGGCAAAAUGCCAUCACGCAAAUCUUCCAACAGAUUAAGUAA